UAGGGGUGUGUCGCCUGUACUUACUGCGUAGUGCGAUACAAACACUGGCUUGGUCUAUGUAGAAUUCCGGUUGUGUUAUCGCUUGUGUUAUCAAUGACUUUCGGAAACUUCUAAAAAAUGCAACAAAGUCUCUUGGAAAUGUAUAUUCACACAUGUCUCGGGUUAGAUCGUGGUCCCUAAGGAGAGGGUGGAAUUGCGAUGGUGUUCCGAAGUUGUACAUGUUUAUAAGGUGAUGAGAUGAAGACCAGAAGUGUGUGAAGAUGCCAGUGGAGUGGAAACAUUGAUGGAGGUCCAGAAGAGUUCUGAAGAAGAGGAGGGCUCGCAUAACAGAGGUGUGACCUUCAGAUGGCAGGGCUACUCAUGCACUGUUAAACCUGUGAGGGUAAUUCUUUCACAGCCUGUGCUGCAGGCUGCACUGGGGAUCAACCAUGGAGUUUUACUUACAAGUGGUGGCCUUGUAUACAGCUUUGGAGAGCUUCCAUGGAAGAGAGACUUGAAGUCCCAGACAGUUGAACCUGUGCUGGAAAGUGCUUUAACUGGCCACCAUGUGGUCCGUGUGUCUACAGGAAGUUUUCACUGUGGUGCUGUAACAGAGGAAGGUAUAGUGCACAUGUGGGGUGAGAACUCCCAUGGCCAGUGUGGUAUCUCCGGUUUAAGUGUUGUCCCUAAUCCUACACCAAUCAACAUUGUGGAUGAAGAAAUUAUUCCUCCCGAACUCGUCCGGGUCCACGAUGUGGCCUGUGGGGCACAGCACACAUUAGCUCUGUCAAGGAAGCAUGAAGUGUGGUCCUGGGGUAGUGGCUGCCAGUUAGGUCUGGUGACCACUGUGUUCCCUGUGUGGAAGGCACAGAAAGUAGAGCAUCUAUCAGGGAGAUAUGUGGUCCAGAUUGCGUGUGGUGAGUUCCACAGCCUGGCUUUGGUUCGCUCGCUACCCCUUUCAGAAUACACUAAUCAGUCCCAGGACACAUGUGGCCAGUGCAAGCAGCCUCUUUAUAGUUUGAUUGACAAGGAUGAUCAUGUUAUUAUUUCUGAUAACCAUUACUGCCCACUAGGGGUGGAACUAUCAGACACAAAGCCAGCAUCAAAGCAGGCAUCUCCAGCCUUGAUGCCAAAGGUGGAGAUCUCAGCAGAAGUCCCAUCGAGUUCUAUUGUGUUGCCUGGAGAUUUUGGCUCAAGUCAAAUAGCGUUGGAUGUAUCUCACAGUGAUGACACAGCAGGUGUGAAGGAAGUGGAUCACAGUGAUCCAGCCUAUGAGAUUACGACGGCUAGCUCUGAAAGACCACAACAACGCCGUAAACGAACCAAAAGCUCUGUUUAUCCAGAUGAGCAGGCUUUGAAAAACUACCUCAAAAGGAUAUCUGACCAGUCUCAAACAGAACAGUUUGAGAUUCUUUCCAAGAAGGGUUCAUGUCCUCCAAGCCGUCAGACGUCACUCAAGGAUUCUUAUAUACCAGAACAAAACAACAAACCCACAUUCCCAUCAUUGCCCCCAGUCACCAUGAUCAACGAUUUUAAAUCCUCAUUUUCAGAUGAUAUUGCACUGGUGACUUUACAAGACUCUGUCAUAGAUUCUGUCUGUGAUGACACGUUUGAAGAUGCGGUCAUUUCUUGUGACCCUUUAAAAUGUAAUAACUUUGAGGAGGUCUCUGAUGAAAGCUUCUCUACUGAUGGUAACCAAUGUCUGCAUGUGUCACUGGAAGUCAAGAAGAGUGCCAGCCUGACAGACAUUAGGAUUGAUGAUUUAAAUGGAUGUAAUCGCAGAAGAUCAUUACCAGGCUUAAUGUCACCAGUAUCUCCAGCUGUAUUGCUUCGGUGCAACCUUGCUAAAACCAAAGGAAUCAACUUAAACUUAGGGAACUCAGAGAAGGAGAAUCUUCUACCGUCUCUCUCUACAGAGGUGUGGACUUGGGGCAGAGGUCAAGAAGGCCAGCUAGGUCAUGGCGACACUUUGCCCGGGUUACAGCCACUAUGCAUAAAGAGCUUAAACAACAAAGAAGUUAUCAAGAUUGCUGCUGGAUCGUGUCAUUCUUUGGCUUUGACAGCUCAGUGUCAGGUUUAUUCUUGGGGUUGCAAUAAACUAGGCCAGUUGGGUCAAAUGAGCUCUCACAACACUGUACCACAGCAUGUGAAGAUGUCUGAUGGUAUACGUGUCUGGGAUGUGGCGGCAGGGCAGGCACACACUGUGCUGCUGGCUGAUGGAGACUGCUUACAACCCAUAUUGUAUUACACUGGUGAACAGGUGCAGGCAUGGAAGGACUGUCAUGCAAUAACCUACACACAGACACCAACUCUGCUGCCCUUCUUCAUGAAUCUUGGCUAUGUGAGUGGCGUUUUUGCUGGAGGACCGAACUGUUUGGCUCUAGCUGAUCGAAAUGUGAUGGGUUUCAUUGCCACUCUACACGAGAUGGCAUCAGCAGAGAGAAAGUUUAACUGCUUGCUCAGCACAGUGAAGAACCAGAUUCUGCAUCCACUACUGGCUCGGGAAGGAAUAAGCUCAUGUUUGGGCCAGACCCCUAUGCAGCUGUUCAGGAUUAUGGCAGAAAGAUACAGUAAAUUGCGCCAUCUAAUCGGGCAGCACGCCACCUUUCUCAGUGCCUUCCUACAGCACAGAAGAGACGUGAAAUCUCUAGCCAUUUUUCAAAGUACAGACCAUUUCCUAAACACCUAUAAAAAGUAUAGCAGUUCUGUAGGAAACUUCCUUGUCAUGGGAGGAUUCCAGUCACUGGUGAAGCCCUCACAGGAAUGUUUGGGGAAAAAGCUGGAACUGGUACAAAAACUGUUGGACCUUAAAGAGAAGAAAGUCUCGCUGAAUGAUUUGCUAGUAAACCUGUUUUACAUGCCACUGCAACACCUGCAUGACUACAGUAGACUUCUCCUGAAACUGGCUACUUGUUUUGAUGUGGACUCUACAGAAUAUCAAAUGAUUCAAGAUGGCUAUUAUAAAUAUGAGACCUUGGCACAACUUCUAAACAAACAGAGGAAAGAGGUGGAGAACACAUAUAAUUUCUGGAAGAGCCUUUCAGGAAAAAGCUUGGAGUCGCUGAGAAGGCCGCCGCGCCGACUGGUGUGUGAGAGUAGCAAUAAGGGUUUGACCCUGCAGAAUGCUGGCAGAUUCUCAGUCAACUGGUUUAUCCUCUUCAAUGAUGCACUUGUUCAUGCACAGGGUUCCAUUCCAUCUAAGAAGUUUUUUUCCUCUUACCAUAGUUAUCCUCUGGCCACACUUUGGGUGGAACCUAUCUCAGACGAGAAUGUGGGAUUGUUUGGACUGAAGCUAACGACCCCUGAAGAAAGUUUCACUUUGUUGGCAUCUUCAUCGGAAGAGAAGACAAAGUGGCUAAGGGCCAUUAACCAGGCUGUGGAAGAGGUGCUUGGAGUGGGUCAAGAUAAUCAGCCUCUCAAUUUGAGUAGCAGUCAGAGGGCAGAGCCUCCUAUUUCCCGUACUGCCACUUAUAUGUUUACUAAAGAGUGCAGGUUCAAAGAUGCCACAUACGAUGGCCGCUGGCUCUCAGGCAAGCCUCAUGGCAGAGGCACUCUGAAGUGGCCUGAUGGCAGAGUUUACUGUGGGACGUUUAAAAAUGGCUUGGAGGAUGGGUUUGGAGACUGUGUGAUGCCCAACAAGUCCAACAAGUAUGAUCGUUACAAAGGCCACUGGAAGGAAGGCAAAAUGCAUGGAUUUGGAACAUAUUGGUAUGCUACAGGUGAAGUGUAUGAGGGAUCAUUUCAGGAGAACCUACGUCAUGGCCAUGGCAUGCUGAGUAGUGGCAGAUUGGCCUCUUUCGCCAGCAGUGUGUUUGUUGGCCAGUGGGUCCAUGACAAGAAAACUGGCUAUGGCGUAUUUGACAACAUCACAAAAGGAGAAAAAUACAUGGGUAUGUGGCUGGAGGACCAGAGGCAGGGCACCGGGGUUGUUGUCACCCAGUUUGGUUUAUAUUAUGAAGGAGAAUUUAGCAAUAAUAAAAUGCAGGGGACUGGGCUUCUGCUCUGUGAUGAUGACACUUUCUUUGAGGGAGAAUUUUCAGAAGAUUGGACAUUAAAUGGGAAGGGUGUCUUAUCCAUACCUAAUGGAGACUCAUUUGAUGGUAUCUUUCUGGGCGAGUGGGGCUCUGAACUAAAAGUGAGUGGCACCUUUACAAAGCUGUGCCUAUAUGAGACUGAGAAGACAGAGAGUAGGACCUUUGAGGUUGGGCGGUAUGCUGUCCCGUCUGAACAGAAAUGGACAGCUGUGUUUGAGGAGUGCUGGAACCGGCUGGGUUGUGAAACCCCAGGAGUGGGAGAGAAAGAGAGAGCCUGGGAGAACAUUGCAGUCAUACUGACAACCAGCCGCAGGCAGCAGAGCAACAGUAAGGGUGCUCUGAGUCGCUCCCAGUGUAAGAUGCUGGAGAGCUUAGAGAUGAUACCUCAGCAUGUAGGUCCUGUUACUGCUGAAGCCUAUGACGUCAUCCGUCGUUACCUCCUCAAGGCAUGUGAUACUCCACUGCAUCCUCUGGGCUGGCUGCUGGAGACCUUGGUCACUGUGUACAGGAUGACGUAUGUAGGCGUGGGCUCUAACAGAAGGCUUUUAAAGCAGGCUGUGGAGGAGAUCCUGUCCUACCUCGAACGCAUAUUUCAGUUGAUCAGGUUUCUGUUUCCUGGUCUUCCAGAAGAGGGUGGUUUUAUCCCCGAUUCUGAGAGGAAGGCCAGUGACUCUCUGAGCAGCGGCACAUGCUCAAACUCCAACCAGCAGGGUUGGAUUGUCAGUUGCACCACUUUGCUGCUUCCUGUUUUGUUACCUCGUCUCUAUCCUCUUCUCUUCACACUUUACACACAAGAGAGUGAGAGGGAGGAGGAGGUGUAUUGGGAGUGCGUGAUGCGCCUCAACAAACAGCCUGACUUGUCUUUGCUCACCUUUUUGGGUGUGCCCCAAAAAUUCUGGCCAGUCUCAAUUUCUGUUUUAGGAGAGAUAAAGGAUGUGCUGCCAAGCAGUAUAAAUGCUUGUUUUGCUACUGCUGUGGAGACUCUGCAACAGAUCAGCACAACUUUCACUCCUGCCGAUAAGCUUCAGGUCAUACAGCUGACCUUUGAGGACCUCACACAGGAAGUGCAAACCUUGUUGGGUCAGGACUUCCUGUGGUGCAUGGAUGACCUCUUUCCAGUCUUUCUCUACAUAGUUCUCCGUGCAAGGAUCAGAAACCUUGGCUCUGAAGUGAGUCUCAUAGAGGACUUCAUGGAUCCUGCUCUACAGCAUGGAGAGCUCGGACUCAUGUUCACCACUCUCAAAGCUUGCUACUGCCAGAUCCAGAGAGAGAAACCUACAGGCAUGUAGAAGCCACAUUUUUCACAGGUGUAAGACAGCUUUAGUCUUUGGACAGUGUUUUGGAUGCAGUGCAUUCUACAAUAUGAUUCAAAGCUACAGAUUGGAAACUGUUUCGCACAGAACACUGACAUGUUUUCAUGCACCUUCAUUACUGCUUUUAAACUAAUUACAUUUUUAUAAGGAACUAGUUUGUUUAUUAUGUUUGUGUUUUGUUAUUUAACUGAAAAAAUUAGUCAUUUUACUACUGUGUCAGAGUUCAUGCUUUUGGGCAAUGAUUAAUGUUGUACUGCAUAAUGUUUUUUUUCCUCCUACACUGUAUUGUAGCACUACUUACUUUAACAGUUAUUAGUGCAUUAGGGGAGAUUCAGUACAAUUGCGUGACACUUUUUUAUUUUUUAUUUUUUUCUUCUAAACUGUGCAUGAAACUGUGAUUUUUUUUAUGGGUAUAUAAGUGUGUCACCUAUGUGUGACCAUCUGCAUAAAAAGACAGCUGGAUAAAAUUUGAGUGUUUUUUCCUCACACACAUUGAUCUUAAUAUUUCUAGUUGACACUCUUAAUUUCCUUCCGUAGAUGUUUGUCACACAAAAGUUAAAAAGCCAAGUAUUUUACAUUAAUUGUUAAGAGAUUGGGCACUCUCCUUUUGUUUGCACGAGUUUAAGAUGUAACAUUUGUACUUUCCUGCUUUAGUGGCUCACAAACUGUAAAGCAGAACAAACAGUGAUUGCACUGAAGCAGAACACACACACACACACACACACACACACACACACAUUCUUGGUUUUGUUAGAAUAGAAUGCAAAAUGCAGUUGAAGCUGAGCUCUGUAGUAACCUUAUCCCAUCAUCGUUAUGAGCUUUAAAAGGUUAAAAUUGUGCUGGGUCUCCUCUAUAUUUUUUAUUAGGUCUUCAAAUAUUAAGUGGUUACAUUUGGAUAAUUUAUUUUGGAUACAUAUUUGUAUUAUAGACUUUAUUGCUCAUUAAUCUAAAAAGGAUUUGCUAGAAUAUACAGCAAAUCCUGUUUAAAUAAUCUGUUUAUUAUGGUGGUUAAGUUCCAAAACCCCUCCUGAUAAACGGACGCCACCCCAAAAAUGAUAUUUUAUUUAUACAGUACUGUACUGUAUUGUCAUUUUACUUCAAUUAUUUCAAUUAAUAAUUAUAUUUUUAUUAAUACAUUCUAUUAUUUUAACAUAAAACUCCAUAAAAACAAUUCCCUAUAAGUGUUUUGGUCUACCGUGCUAUCCGAAUAUCCGCAUAUUCUGUAUACAUGGCACCCCACACUAUUGUUACUGUUUCUGUGUUAUGGUGUUUUUCCUUUUCUGGUUGUUUUUGAAUUUAAAUACAAUGUCUUUUAAUUAAGCAGAGAAUGUUGUUAAUGCAUGGUUACACGUUUGUAUCUGUUUCUGGAUUUUUGUCUGUUUGACAAUUGUCUGUUUUAUGUAAUGAAUGACUACUGAAAAUCUAACCUAUAAACAUGCUUUCCUAACUGGCCACUUUAGUAGGAAACCCCAGAUCUUUUGUGCAAUUACCCAUCAUGCAGACUCAGUCAUUUCACAGCAAACAUCAGAAAAUGGAAAACUGCUGAGCAUCUCUUUCAUGUUUUUGUUUUUCAUGUGAAAAACCAAAAUAAUUAAAUUUGUGAGAUGAGGUUCUGAGGAAUGAAAUUUUUAAAUCAAGACAAGUCACAGUAGAAUAACAAGACUAAUUGGAGCUGACAGGAAUUCUUCGGUAACUCAAAUAAUCACUUUUUACAGCCGUUAGCAUUCCAAAAUGCACCACAGCAGAACCCCAUGAGGCCAGAGGUAUCUGAGGCUAUAUAUAUAGAGGAGAAUAUCUUUUGAUUAAUAAAAGGACAACAAAAUAAUCGGUGUACAAAUGUUCCUAGUGAUGUGGCCAGUUUUGUAUGUGUGCUUUCAAGCGUUUUCUGGGUGUGCAUGUCUGCUGUAUUUGUAUAUCUAAACUUUCUUACUUUAACUGCAAAGAAAUUGUUUUCCACAUGAAUGACAUAUCUGACAAAUCAAAAACACGGCAGGUAUACCUGGAAAACUGAUUAUUCCAGUCAUGCAAACCUGCUAUCACACACAAACCUGACAAAGCAGUUGCCUGUGUCUCUGUUUAAAUGUUUUAUGUUAACUUAAUGUUACUGUUAAUUGUCUCCUUACUGAUACUGAGAUGGAUACACUACUAGUCAGGUUUUAUAUAUUUUACUUAAUUUAAUUUGGAUCAUUACCAAACAAAAUAUUAUAGAGCAGCAAUUUAAAUAUAUAUUUAAAUAUAUAUCUUUGUAAAACCUGAUUAUAGUGUUUAUUCUUAGGUCUUUUGGAGACUUUAAGGAAGUUCUUUAUUAAAUGAUGCAGGAGCACUGGGAGGUAAAAAAGGUGUUUUAGUGUUAACUUUUAAAUUUAAAUGUGUUAAAAAAAAUCUGAUUUUGUAACAUUUAAAUUGUGACCAUGCAAAAAAUAUGCAGUGUUCAAAAACUGGCAGUGUAUUCAUCAAAUAUGAUUGUAUUGUUCCUCCCUUUACCCUAUGCAACAUGCGUACUGUUGAUACAGAAGCAAACAAACAAACAAACAUAUCUUUUUCAGGGAGACACUCACAGUUAGAGUGAUGAGGGAUUUAAUGAUACUGUAUAGAUAAUCUACAGUCAUUAUUAUAACUUGUAGGAAAAAACUGUAAUAUUUUAAUCUAUUUUUAUUAAAAUGAUUUUUUUUAUUGAAUUAAUAUAUUAUUGGACAAAUAAAUAUUCUGAACAAAA